AAAGAACAAAAAGAAUCUGCCAGUCACACCACACCCUUCUCUAAGAAAAAAGAAAGAGGAGAAAAAUGAAAUUGGCCAUUUGGCUUUCCCUUUCUGUCAUCCAAAAGGAAAAUUAAGCUUUCCUGUCAAUUUAGUUUUAAUUUUUCAUUGAAAGCUUGUCAUAGUGUUAGGACAGUUGCAUCCAGCAUUCACUCUACCUAAUUCACAGUGGUGGUAAUUGAAUGGAUUUAGAUUUUUAUUUUUAUUUAUCAGAUAAAAAUUCAUUCGGGUUUCUUUUGUAAUCCACAAGGGAAUCAUGCGAAGGAGGGGGAGAUUAAAAAAAAAAAAGUGGUGUGUUUGAAGAUAAAAACAAACCAUGCACUUUUCCUCUUUUCUCUCCUUUUGAGACUCGUUGAUCUGUGUUACUUUUUUUCUUUUUUUUUGAUGCAUCAGAGAUUCUCUCCAUUCACCCCCUUCCUAAGUCAAAGAAGAAAAAAAAGUAGAUAUGAAACGGGGAGAUGAUAGAAGGAAGAGCCAGAGAUCAUGGCAUAUAUUCCCUCCCCAAUACAGCCCCACCUAUGUUUCCAGAUAUGGAGUGAGAUCAUAGGACACCCCAACAACUCCAAGUUUUAUAAAGAGAACUACAGCUGCUUCAUAUUGAGAGCAUUGCCUUCUUAAAAAAAGGGAUCAAAACCCACAUGAGUUUCAGUUUUCUGCUUCCCUCUGCCUGUCUUUCUUACACAACACAAAUUUUGGCUCUGCACAACAUGCAAAAUCAAGACAUGAAUCUGGUUCUAUCAACUGAUGCUAAGCCUAGGCUAAAGUGGACUCCUGAACUUCAUCAAAGAUUUGUUGAAGCUGUCAAUCAACUUGGAGGGCCAGACAAAGCAACCCCAAAGAAUCUGAUGAGGGUCAUAGGAAUUUCUGGACUCACUUUGUAUCAUCUCAAAAGCCAUUUACAGAAAUACAGACUGGGGAAAAGCCAACAGACUGAAAUCUGCCUCAGCGAUAAUCUAGAUGAUUACAGAGAGAUACAGAGCGGUAAUAGGGAUUUGAGUAGUGACACAAGUGAUGGAACUCACAAGCUGAUGAAUGAAAGCUCGAAGAUUGCUCAGGCGCUCCAAAUGCAGAUGGAAGUACAAAGAAAGCUUCAUGAACAGAUUGAGGUCCAGAGACAUUUACAACUAAGAAUAGAAGCUCAAGGAAAGUACUUACAAUCAGUGUUAAAGAAAGCACAAGAAACACUGGCUGGGUAUACCUCAUCUUCAGUGGGUGUAGAACUUGCUAAAGCUGAACUGUCUCAACUAGUCUCAAUGGUUAACACUGGCUGCACGAGUUCUUCGUUAUCAGAAUUGACAGAAAUAGGAGGUUCAAGCUUAAAACAAAUGGAAAGAAGGCCAAUGAAAGGCACUAUAUGUUCCAGGGAGAGCUCAUUGACAUCUUCUGAGAGCUCAGGAAGAACGGAGGAUGAGGAACCACCAAAGAAUGAGAAUAUUUGUAUCCGGAAAUCUAAUACUUGCUUUGAAUUUAACUUUAUGGAAAUUUACCCUGAAAAGAAGGGUUUGAUUAGUGGCUCAAGCAAUGAAGUUAGUGGAAAGAAAAGAAGUGUUACUAAUAUUUGUGAUGGCAUAUGUGUUGACCAACCAGUAGCUAAAAGAUUAGAGCUUCCCGAAGAGGAAACUGGUUGUGGAUUGAGAAAGUCUGGAUUGUUGGGGUCAUUUGAUCUAAAUAACCAAUACCAAAAUGACAAUGAAUCAAGUCCGAAAGCAAUAGACUUGAACCGCAAGGAAUAGAUCCGCUCAGGGGGCAUGGUUGUUAGUAAAUAUAAACUAAGCUGGGAACUUGAUUAUUUAGUACCAAUCUUUUGUUUAUAGACUAUGUAAAUUGUUAUAUGUAUUGAACUCCCAAGAACUUUUGAAAGAA